AUGGUGAACACUGGCAUGCAGCUGAUCAGCUUCACCUGCGCGGUGACUGGCUGGAUCAUGGCGAUCGCCGUCACGGCCUUGCCCCAGUGGAAGGUCUCGGCCUUCAUCGGCAGCAACAUCCUGACCUCAGAGAUCAAGUGGGAAGGCAUCUGGAUGAACUGCAUCUACCAGACCACCGGCCACAUGCAGUGUAAGACUUACGACUCCAUGCUGGCCUUGCCUCCGGACAUCCAGGCGGCCCGCGCCCUCAUGUGUCUGGCCAUCUUCAUGGGCUGGCUCUCCUGCACCGUGUCCUGCUGCGGCAUGAAGUGCACCACCUGCGCCGGGGACGACCGGCGGGCCAAGGCGGGCAUCGCGCUCUCGGGCGGGGUUCUCUUCAUUCUGACCGGCCUGUGCGUGCUGAUUCCCGUCUCCUGGACUGCUAACACCGUGGUCCAGGAUUUCUACAACCCCAACGUGCCCUUGAUGCACAAACGAGAGCUGGGCCAGGCUAUUUAUCUGGGCUGGGCAGCAGCGGUUAUUCUCAUGAUCAGUGGGGCCGUGUUGAGCAGCACCUGCCCCCUCAUGGAGAGGGGCGGCAGGUACCGCAGGGGCUACAUCGGCCGGAGCUUUGCAAAUUCACCCGCUUCAGCACCAGAUCCCCCAAAACCCAUCACAUCUAAUAGUCUGCCUUUAAAGGAGUAUGUAUAG